AUGCCGGCAUUUAGUGGAAAGCAAAAGAAGAAGCAGCUGCAGGAGCAUCGACAGCGCAAGAAGCAGAAUGCAGAAGAGAACGAGGAUCGCCAACAGAGGCAUAUUACCGGCGGUCACCACAACCACAGCUAUGACGACGAGAGAAGCGGCAACCGAAACGAGGGCGAUAAGCAGGUGACGGCGGAGUGCAAGUACGGCGCCGACCGUAAGGGAAUUCGCAGUGUGUUCCUUAAAGAGACGGCCGAAGAUGUCGCCGCACGCAAAAAGCGCUCCUAUGAGCCACUGGUGCAACGGCGCUUCAUGGAUGAUAACGGUAUUCCUUUUGGUUCGUGGUUCAACAUGCCGGGGCACACUGGCGCAGCGUUGAUGCCGUUUUCUGUGGAAAUUCCGACACGUGGAUGGGCACCGGCGGAUGCGGUGAUGGCUGCAGCCGCUGCUGCAGAAGCAGCUUUAGAAACGACUAACAACAUUGAUGAGGAUGAUAAUGAUAGUGAUGAACUCCGUCGUACGAGCGGUGAGGACGUUCCUGACAACGUUGCUUUCGAAGCAGGUGAGGUGGCGCGGUUUCAAGCGUAUUUACAGGCGGUGGACAACUACCCGCUUCCUCCGCCCCUGCAGACGCUGCAGUUAAGCUCACACGAGCGUAACCUUGAAGUUUGGCGGCAGCUGUGGCGCACGGUGGAGCAGAGCGACGUGGUUGUGAUUGUGUGCGACGUCCGUUACCCGAUUCUGCACCUGCCGCUCUCGCUGUUGCGGUACAUUCUGCGACAGUGCAAGAAGCCCGCUCUUGUGCUGCUCAACAAGGCUGACCUUGUGCCGAGGCCCAUCCUCGAUAGCUGGAUGGACUUUCUUCCUCGUUACUUCCACGCCACGGGUGUGGUUUCCGCGAAUGCGGCUGAAGCUGCGGCCACCGGUGUGGUGUGUGAGAUUCCGCUGCUGCCCUUUACAUCGCUCCCGGCAGCCGAAACGGCCUUUGGUGCAGGGGAAGCCGGUAAUGCGGGGAAGCGGCGCAAAAAGCAGAAGCGACGCACAAAGUUGUACGAACAGCUUCGCACAGGGAAGCUGCAAGUGGUAGGGACAGCGGUAAAACGCAACGAUGAUGGGGAUGAUGAUGAUGAUGCGGAAGAGGGUGGAGACUCCUCCGAGGAGGAGGGGGCGGAUAACGAUAGCACUCCUGGUGGAGCUACGGGUGAGGAGAAGUAUGCGUACGCGGAUACAGACAACUUUAAAGGCAUGCAUAAGGCUGAGCGAGAGCUACAGCACGAUAAACGUGAUCACAAGGAGCUUCAGAUCGUCUCCGAUAUGAUUUCUGCGCUGCUGCAGCGGUGUCGCAUGUUGGGUGGAGCUAAACCCUCUGCCGUGUGCGGCACAGGUGACGAAGAGGCCAUGCUGCACAUUGGUGUUGUGGGUCAUCCGAAUGUGGGGAAGUCGAGUUUGCUCAACUGCGUCCGCGGCACAAAGGUGGUGUCUGUCUCCGCCACGCCGGGGCACACAAAACAUCUGCAGACAAUUCCCAUUCCAUCUGAGCGUGUUGUGCUUAUCGAUUCCCCGGGCCUCGCCUUCCCUGUGUUUGGUGUUCCACGGGCACUGCAGGCCGUUGUUGGCACGCACCAGAUUGCCCAGACGCGGGACCCGCAAAGUGGUGUGGCUUUUUUGGCGUCGCACCUGCAACUUGAACGACUCUACGGCCUACGCAAAGUGGACGGGGCCGAUGACACAGAAGAGUGGUCACCGUACGAGCUCUGUGAGAGCUACGCUAAGAAAAAAGGGUACUUUGUGAAGCACGGGAAGGGGGCGCUGGAUGUGCACCGAGGCGCGAUUGAGAUUCUGCAGGAGGCGUACGACGGCCGUCUGGUGCUGUUCUUUGCCCCUCCUGACACGGCCUGGCUGGAGAGCAGGCAAUUCCGCGAGGAGAUUCGUCCAUUUUUGCUGUUGGACGUGCAGCUUCCGGCAACCGUGGGCGAAUGA